CCUCUCUAAUCGCCGCGGAAAACUCUGGAACCUUCUCGCGGUCGAGCUAAGGGCCAGAAGAUAUUUUUGUAUCGAACCCUAAUAAACUAAAACCGCCUUUGUUUAAUUAAAAAGUCAUUGCCAUUCUUCAUAAAACCGCCUGAAAUUGAACGGGUUUCAAGCCAUGGACCCGGGAAGAGGCGCCGGGAACUGCUAUUACAGAGUGCUCGGAAUCCCAAAGGGCGCCUCCGUUGCAGAGAUCCGCGGCGCGUACCGGAAACUGGCAAUGAAAUGGCAUCCGGAUAAGUGGGCAAAGAGUCCUUCUCAUGCCGGAGAGGCGAAUAGGAGGUUCCAAGAAAUCCAGGAGGCCUACACAGUUUUGUCUGAUGAAGUGAAGAGGGCGAUGUAUGAUGUAGGGGUAUACGAUCCAUUAGAAGAAGAAGACGAGGGAUUUUCGGAUUUUAUGCAAGAAUUGAUGUCCAUGAUGGACGGUGUGACCUCCCAGAAGAAUGAGAGCUUUGAGGAGUUGCAGAGAAUGUUCAUGGACAUGGUGGGUAGUGAAGGCGAGGUUACGAAGUGUUCUUCAGCCUCAAAAGGGCGCCAUAGCGACCGGGGGAAAAGAUCUGGAGUUUGGUAGCAUAGGGUGUUUGUUCACUAAUUUAGAGAGAGGAGACGUGUUUAGAUAGAGAAGACCUCAAUGAGAAGCCAUGGGGUUUUGAAGUACCAUGUUUCUUUUAUGGCCCUCUUGUAUUAAUAUUGCUCCAUUUUUUAGGGCUUACCCUAAAAGUGUAAAUAUGGGGAAAAGGAUUGAGAAGCCAUUGUUGGUUUGUUGGAAAGGGCAAGAUCCUUUUGCCAAUUCGAACCCGAAGGACUUCUUGUUGGGUUUCUUUCUCUUUCAUUUAUUCUUGGAUGUAGAGGAGUGGAAGCAUUUGAUUUUUGUCUGGUGUUUCUGUACUCUCCUAUCUCCUUGAAAUCUAACGAUGUGAAAGCCCUAAAAUUAUUUGUGGGGUUCGUAAUUUACCACUUCUCUAUUACUCA